AGGUGCUCCAGCUGGGCCACAGCCUGGUCCUGCCACUGCGCCAGCCAUGGUGUCCCGGGACCAGGCUCACCUGGGCCCCAAGUAUGUGGGCCUCUGGGACUUCAAGGCCCGGACGGAUGAGGAGCUGAGCUUCCGAGCGGGGGACGUCUUCUACGUGGCCAGGAAGGAGGAGCAGUGGUGGUGGGCCACGCUGCUGGACGAGGCGGGUGGGGCUGUGGCCCAGGGCUAUGUGCCCCACAGCUACCUGGUCGAGAGGGAGACCGUGGAGUCGGAACCGUGGUUCUUUGGCUGCAUCUCCCGCUCAGAAGCUGUGCAUCUGCUGCAGGCCGAGGGUAACGCCGCCGGCACCUUCCUGAUCAGGGUCAGCGAGAAGCCAGGCGCCGACUACGUCCUGUCGGUGCGGGACGUGCAGGCUGUGCGGCACUACAAGAUCUGGCGGCGAGCCGGGGGCCAGCUACACCUGAACGAGGCGGUGUCCUUCCCCAGCCUGCCCGAGCUUGUGAACUACCACAGGGCCCAGAGCCUGUCCCACGGCCUGCGGCUGGCCACGCCCUGCCAGAAGCAUGAGCCUGAGCCCCUGCCCCACUGGGAUGACUGGGAGAGGCCGAGGGAGGAGUUCACACUCUGCAGGAAGCUGGGGUCCGGCUACUUUGGGGAGGUCUUCGAGGGGCUCUGGAAAGACCUGGUCCAGGUGGCCAUUAAGGUGAUUUCUCGAGACAACCUCCUGCACCAGCAGACGCUGCAGUCGGAGAUCCAGGCCAUGAAGAAGCUGCGGCACAAACACAUCCUGGCACUGUACGCCGUGGUGUCCGUGGGGGACCCUGUGUACAUCAUCACGGAGCUCAUGGUCAAGGGCAGCCUGCUGGAGCUGCUUCGUGAUUCUGAUGAGAGAGUCCUGCCCGUUUCGGAGCUGCUGGACAUCGCCUGGCAGGUGGCUGAGGGCAUGUGUUACCUGGAGUCUCAGAAUUACAUCCACCGGGACCUGGCCGCCAGGAACAUCCUCGUCGGGGAAAACACCCUCUGCAAAGUUGGGGACUUCGGGCUAGCCAGGCUCAUCAAGGAGGACGUCUACCUCUCCCAUGACCGCAACGUCCCCUACAAGUGGACGGCCCCCGAAGCACUCUCCCGAGGCCAUUACUCCACCAAAUCUGACGUGUGGUCCUUUGGGGUUCUCCUGCACGAGAUUUUCAGCAGGGGUCAGGUGCCCUACCCAGGCAUGUCCAACCACGAGGCCUUCCUGAGGGUGGAUGCCGGCUACCGCAUGCCCUGCCCUCUGGAGUGCCCGCCCAGCGUGCACAAGCUGAUGCUGACAUGCUGGUGCAGGGACCCUGAGCAGAGACCCUGCUUCAAGGCUCUGCGGGAGAGGCUUUCCAGCUUCACCAGCUAUGAGAACCCGACCUGAGCUGCUGUGGAGCGGGCACAGUCGGGCUCUGCUGAGGAGGGCCCUGGGCAGAGGGCCUGGACCUGGGGUCAAGGCCCACGCGCCACCCUAGGGUUUACUGAGGUGAUGGGUGCAGGAAAGGUUCACAAACGUGGAGUGUCCGCGUCCCACACAUGAGUGUGCUCUCGUUCCUCCGUCGUGUGAAACGUGGAGUGCCUGCGUCCCAUACACACGUGUGCUCUCGUUCCUCCGUCAUGUGAAACGUGGAGUGUCCGCGUCCCAUACACACGUGUGCUGAUUCCUCCGUCGUGUGAAACAUGGAGUGCCUGCGUCCCAUACACGCGUGUGCUCUCAUCCCUCCGUCAUGUGAAACGUGGAGUGCCUCCGUCCCAUACACACGUGUGCUCUCGUUCCUCUGUCGUGUGAAACGUGGAGUGUCCGCGUCCCAUACACACGUGUGCUCAUUCCUCCGUCGUGUGAAACGUGGAGUGUCCGCGUCCCACACACGCGUGUGCUCUCGUUCCUCUGUCGUGUGUGCCUCGGGUCUCAGCUGCUGACAGGCAGCCUGCUCCGGAGCCUGCGGGUGAGAUCCCAGGAGACUGACACGAAGCCAGCUGAGGUCAGAGGGGAUUCUGACCACAGCCCGCUCUCUGGAUUCUGUCUGCAGGACCCGGCUGAGGGUGGGAGGCAAACACGUCUUGUCCCUGCUUUUCCCAGCUCAGCUUGGCAGGAGAAAGUCAUGCGUGUGGCUCGCGACUCGUGUGUAAAUUUGGUUUUGGUGCCCACAGGUGCUUUCCUCCCAGGGACAGGUGUUUCUUUCCUGUUUGUCUUGUAUCUCGAGAGCCUGGCUUUAUGACCAGUGAGAACUCUCUCCCUAGUUUCCGCCAGGCCGAGCAUCACUGCCCAAGGUGCCAGCUCUUAGGGGGUUUGUAGUAAGAGGUUCCCCAUCCACGAGGGGCUUUUCCCACCUCCACCUUUGUUGCUGGGUCAGUGCUGGAAAGCACUCCUGACUCCUGCCCUGACAAGGGCCCUUCUCUGCUGUCUGUGGGGUGGUUCUGGGCUGGGGGGCUGCCUCCUUUGCACCUGCUUUUGAAGGUGUCUCUUUCAUCAUGAUCAAGUCACAAAAAGCUUACUGGUUUUGGUUUUGA